ACACAGCACAAUGGAUGCACAAGCAAAUUCGCACUUCUACAAGAAAGCGAGGCGUAGAUUUUCGUGGCUUACGUACCUCCUGACAGUCGUCUUUCUGAUUCUCUCGGUGGCUCAAUGGCUUUCCAUUCAACAACUGACCGCUUCAAACGAAUUCUUCACCGAGAAAUAUUGGGUGGGCAGCAUUUUCUUCGCCGUCGGACUGGUGCUCUUUGGGCUGUUCAUUUUCUUCGAGACUUUGCGCUUUGUGGUGCCCCUCAAUUGGAUCUUUGCCAUCGUUAUAUUUGAGUGCGUUGUCAUGGGCGUCGCGUCGCUUGUGGUGCGUCACCAUAAAUACCAAUUCCUGCUGAGUUUUAUCAUCUGGUCUGUGACUUUGGGCAUCUUUCUGCUGUGCGGCUCCUUUCUGCCGCACGAUCUAACUCUGGAUAUUGUUGUGCUCUUUGUGCUGGCCAUUCUGGCACUCAUUGGCGCCAUGUACUUCCUCAUGAUGCACAUCGUCACAAAUAUGCCGUAUUCCUUUUUUGUGCAUCGUGGCUUUGUUGUAUGCAGCAUUUGGAUGUUUGUCAUGUAUCAUGCACAGAUCAUCAAUGGAGGAAAGUUUGCAGAAAUGCGUACCAAAGACUAUUUACUUUCAUCUCUGAUGCUCUUUCACGACUUUCUGCUUAUGUUUAUGCUGUCAUUCCAUUUGUCACCCAAGUGGUCCGAUGAGUGUGAUCCGCAGCUAAAUAAGACGUCCAUGCUGAUAUUCAUAACUGAUCCAACCCCACCGAUGUUUUGGGAUGAGGACUAAAGAGGAUUAAAUCAA